CCACGCAGUGGGAGCUAUGUAAAGUCUGCAAAUACUGAUGUAGUUCAGGUUUUAGAUCUGCUUUUGAAUGUUAUUUAAUCAUUUGUUCCGUAGGCUGGACUUCCGCUUUGGCUUGUUUACUUCCGGUACAGGAUUGCUUUUCAUGUUUGUAAGAGAACCAAACGUCUGAAAAGUCUCUGCUGUUUUCAAUCAUGGCUGAGAGAGUGGAAGAGAUGGAUGAAGAUGGAGGAGGUCAGCCAGCUAGGGAGGAUGACAAUAACUCGGACAGAGAUGAUGAUGAUGAUGAUGAUGACAGACUGAUGGCCUGGAUGGUAAAUAACGGGAUGGACGAGGAUGAGGAAGAUGACGAGGUGGAGGAACUGUCAGCAGACCCUGAAGCUUUAGAGAUGGACACUCCAGCUGAGCGCAGUGGUCAUAUUGCUGUAGUUGACCGAAACAUCAUGUAUGUGUGGGGUGGAUACAAGAACGCUCAGAACCAUGGAUUCUUUGACUUGUACCUGCCAAGGAGCGAGAUCUGGACCUACGACAUGGAAUCAGGAGUGUGGAUGAAGCACAUAGCUGGAGGUAACCUGUGCACGUCAAUGUCAGGGAGCUGUGGCGUGUGCCUUGAUGGUGUCCUCUACUUAUUUGGUGGUCAUCAUGCAAGAGGAAACACAAACAGGAUCUACCACAUGCACCUCCGAGCUCGCAGCCUUGUGUGGGAGGAGAUGAGGGAUCUCAAAGGACUUCCUCCUUCUAGCAAGGACAAACUGGGUUGCUGGGUUCAUAACAACAGACUGGUUUUCUUUGGAGGCUAUGGCUGCGCUCCUCAGGGAGCUCAUCGAGGGACUUUUGAGUACGACGAGUCGUCUUCUCUCGUGUGGGACAGCAUGGGACGGGGCUGGAACAACCACAUCCACGUCCUGGAUCUGGAGACGUCAACAUGGAGUCAACCCAUCACUCAGGGGAACACACCAUCUCCCCGAGCAGCUCAUGCUUGCGCUACAGUCGGAAACAGAGGUUAUGUGUUUGGUGGCCGAUUCAAGAAUUAUAGACUAAAUGACCUGUACUACAUCGACCUGGACACGUGGGACUGGCAUGAAAUGAGCGUCCCCCAGCCGGGUCCCGUGGGUCGAUCCUGGCACUCGUUCACCCCCGUGUCAUCGGAUCUAAUCUUCUUGUUUGGCGGUUUCACCACAGAGAGAGAAACACUGAGUGACGCUUGGCUGUAUUGUGUCAGCAAGAACGAAUGGAAGCCUUUCAAACACAGUCACACAGAGAGCCCCAGGCUGUGGCACACGGCGUGCUCUGGCCCUGACGGAGAGGUGUUUGUGUUCGGAGGAUGCGCCAACAACCUUUUGUCCCAUCAGAUAGCCGCUCACAGCAACGAGCUACUGAUUUUUAACGUUCAGCCUAAAUCAUUAGUCAGGUUCUGCAUGGAGACGGCUCUGCAGCACAGGGAGCGCUUGUCUUGUUACUGGGACUGCUUGCCCAAACACCUCCUACACAGCCUCAAACAGAGAAUGUCUGGUGUCAACACGCUAGGAUCUUAAACUAGGAGGACACUUGAAUUAAAGAAAAAUAGAUGAUGUGCACCACACAGCAUAUUUGUUUUUAAGUUUCCCCCUGGAUGAAAAGCAAUAAAUGCUUCUCCUUCAUGUGUUUUAGCCGAGUCUACAGACAAUCAGCUCUCACAAUAUUAACCUCUUUUUUGGUCUUUUCUUGUGAAAAUCCAACAAUCUGCUUUAAUUUAUGGAGGAAAUUAAAAAAAGGUACGUGGACUCCUUAUAGAAUGUUUCUUUAUUAUUUUCUAGUCGUAUACCAAGUCAGUCAAACCUGAUUGAUGCGUUUGAAAUCCAAACUGCCAGUUUUGUUGUUAGCUUUUGUUAUUCUAAGGAAAAUUAAAUGGAAACCUUUAUUUUUGGCUACUGGGAAGAAGAAAAUCUCAACGUAACAUUGUAUGAACACUACAUUUAAAUUAGGCUCAAACGUUUAUUCAUUAAUUUUUUUUUUUGGGAGCUGUUAAUUAAUCUUGGGCCUAAAUUUUCACCCGUUUUAUUCAACUCUACACUUUCUACUGUGGAACCACAGAAAUAUUUGAUUUUGUUUUCGUAAAUAUGUGGGGAAAUGUGAGAAACGAGGCUACUGUAGAAAUGUAAUUUAAAUGUAACCAAUAAGUUAUAGGAUGUGUAGUGGUGUUGCACUGAAACGCGGUACGUUUGCACAAAUUACUUUCAUGUCUUUUUUAUUGUGGGUUACAAAACGUACUGUUACACCUACUUUAUGUUCAAAUAAUUAAAAUCCAUGAACAAC